CUCGUGCGUGUUUGUACUUGCGAAUUACCAGAGAUUUCGAUUUUCUGAAAGCAAUCGAGACGUGAAUUUGGCGUAAUCACCUGUUAAAUACCACGUUGGAAGUGUUUUUAACAAAUUAACAUUAUUACUGUGACUUGAAGAAAUAGGAACAUGUCUCUCUUUGGAUCUUUGAUGGGGGAUGUUGAGGAUGAUCCGUUUUUCGGCUCGCAUAUGCGUCACAUGCGUCAAAUGAACAACAUGAUGAACUCUCUCUUCUCGGACCCGUUCGGUAUGCUGGGCGGUCCUCUGUCCCUCAUGCCACGGUCCAACAUGGGCAUGGGCAUGGGUGGUAUGAGCAUGAUGCCAUUCAUGCCGCAGAUGCCUCAGAUGAACAGAUUAUUCUCUGCAGACCUAGACGGGCCGAUGACCGCCGGCAGCUCCUUCAGUAGCAGCACAGUCGUCAUGUCUUCUGGUGGACCCAACGGGAAACCUCAGGUGUUCAGUUCGACCAGCAGCACAAAAAUCGGCCCCAACGGUAUAAAGGAGACCCGCAAAACACUACAAGACUCGCGCACCGGGACCAAGAAGAUGUCCAUCGGUCAUCACAUCGGUGAGCGUGCCCACGUGGUGGAAAGAGAGCAGAACGUGUAUUCAGGGGAUCAGGAGGAAGUACAGGAAUUUAUCAAUUUGGAUGAAGACGAGGCUGAAGAUUUCGAUAGGGAGUUUCACUCGAAAGCCGGGGGCUACGGUAACAACCGCGCCGCCAUCGCCGCCGCCCCCGCCCCCGCCCCCGCCCGCGCGCCGCGCCUGGCCAUAGAGGCCGCGCCCGCGCACGCGCACGCGCACGUGCCUGCGCACCAGCACCAGCACGUGCCUGCGCCUGCGCACGUGCACGAGCACGCGCACCAGCACGAGCACGCCGCCGCGCCACUACCCAAUUCGAAUAGCGAACGAGAAAGACGCGCCAUUCGGCCCGCGUCGCGCCGCCCGCUGAGAACUACUGCCAGCCCGCUCGCACAGAGCGCCAACAGUUCGUCCGUGCGCUCCGUGUACGGCGGCUCGCACCCGCAGCGCCACCGGCACGACCGUCCCCGCAACAAGCGCCCCGCCCCCGCCGACCACUAGCCGGCCCGACCCACAGGAACUGACAGGCCCGACCCACAUCUGGUAUUAUGCUAACGUCACUUUGAAUAACUUAUAUGGCGCGGGUUUAUGGGGAAAAAGUGUAUGUGUCGUUUCCAAGCAAAAAGUCCCACUUGCCGUAAGGACGCUUUGACAAGUUAUUCGUAUAAAGAUACGAGCAAUAUGGUAAGCGACAAAGUGGGACCUUUGACUAGACUUUGUCACAUAUAUAAUUCUUCAAAUCUUCCUCUAGUGAGGCAUACGCAUAGCAACAGUUAGAAGAUGCCAGAGCUGGUGAUCGAUAAAAAAAGGGUUAAAGUAAAGGAAAGUAACAAUUUUGGAGCAGACGGUCAAUAAGGUUCAUUUAAAGGUUAUAAUUUACCUUUAACUCAACAACGCUGCCAUGAAAUUAAAACGUUACCGAUCACUAGCCCGAACCAACAAGCGACGGCUAAAUCAUUGUUAUUAUGCGAAUAAUGUAUAUGGCGCAGUAUUUUGGGAAAAGUUUGGUUAGGUCUUAUAGAUAAUGAUAGCUACCACAGCGAUGCAAUGCCGGGACCGACAGUCGGUAACAUCAAUAUUACGGUAACGUAACUUUUGAUAACGUAUAUGGCGCUGUGUUUUGGGGAAAGAUUGUAUACGUCUUGAAGACCAAUUGAUUACGAGAUACUUAAUAAUGUAUCAGAUGAAGACAGAUUUAUCUGGGUAUUAUCUCCCUCUUUAAUUGGCGUAGAUAAUAAAACCACCAACAAAUGUAUGUAAUGUGCGCCAAUAUUAUUGAUAUCAUAAAAAAUAUCUUAACAUCUUGUAUUCUUUUGCGUGAAAAUAAUACCUAAUAAGCCAAAAUAUAAGAGACCAUGUGAAAAUUGGAUAUAGUCUAAUCUGUGUUCAAGAUAAGACAAAUAUUCCCAGUUAAUUAUAUUCUUAGAAUUAAAUAGUUGCUUGUCUAGAAUUUAAAUAUGUUCUUAUUUGUUUUCUAAAGUAUAAUUAAUAGAAGCGAAACGACAUGCUAACGAGAAAUAAAUAACUUAUAUAAAUAAAUAGUUGAGGUCAAUUACAUUUAAAAAAAAAUAUGCCAACUUUUUUAUCCGGUAGAUUACCUACUUCUAAACGAUAUGACCAACUAUUUAUCGUAGCUUCUCAAGUCGCGCUUCUGUUCUACAAUCGAUUGAGAGUAAUAAAAUGGGUCAUUUUGUAUAAAUAUUCCACUCAGAGUGACCCUUUUUAUUUCUAUUAAUUAUAUUUAGUAUCCUAGUGUUUAAUACUCGUAUCGACUGUUAGCAGUAUAUGUAGCUAAACUGCUGACGGGUAAGUUGCUUAAAAUUGUCUAAACACAUUCUUACUCUUUUAACGAUGAAGUUGUGUUUAGAUAAUUUUUACAUAACUCGCCCGCUUAGCGACUUUUGCUGUUACGUAUCUGACCAUAAAAGUGUUAUUCAUAGUAAAGCAGUUAGGUUAAUUAUUCCAUGUCAUGAAUCGUUAUUUUUGUAUGGAUUCGGUGUAAUUUAUAGAAUAUGUGUCUGAUAGACGAUUAUAUUUCAUGAAAUCAUGACCAUUAAAGUGUGUUGACAUGUAUUCGUCGGUCUCAUUUAAAGUUGUUAAUUUUUGCGAACUCCUGAGUUAGGCGGCGCUUAAAAAAAAUGCACCAUAACUCAGUAGUUCACAACCUCUUUAACCUUUUUUUUACCAAUUGUCUAAAGGUGGCCACUGACUGUCAGAACCUGAACCUGUCAGUUCGAACAAAAAUUUGACAAUUCCGAACAACUGACAGACCGAUAUCGUCCGGCGCGGACGCGGAGUCAGUGGGCCCCUUAAGUUAACACAUUUGCGGACACGCGUAGUUUGUUUCCUUUGGCCUAUGACACAUGACGUCACUAACCGUCCGCGAACGUGUUAAGGGGUAGAUCCUUUAUUUUCGGGCAAGCAAAACUACCUAUUAAUGUUCUAAUUUUAAAAAGUGUGUGACUGUGAGACAUCAUUUUGAACUAUGUGCGCCAUUUUACCCACGCUGGUCUUGGGUAGAAUUGUAUGUUUCUAUAAUGUUACAAUGUUAUUUUCCUGUAACUUUUUCAUUAUUGCUCGAAAAAGUUAGGAUGCCCCUAGAAAAUCUAAAAAGUCACAUAUUUUAAUAGUUUCCUUAACCGUACCUAUCCAUAUCACGAGAAAUGGUGUAUUCUAUAGCUCUAAUUAUUCUGACUCUAUAAGACUUUAUUUUGAUUUUUGAGAGUAAAUAAUGACAAAAAAGUGUUCUGGGGCCAUGUGGGUAAUUCCUCAAAAGUGGGGCAAUUGCCAACUUCACAAGUGUACAGUAAGCUGCAGAAUUAAGUGACCCCUGCAAACAAAUUUAUAUGCAGGUGGAGUCACUUAUAACUCUGCAGCUUGUUUCACACAUUUUGGCUGUUCAAAUGUCGAUGUUAGAACUACGGGAGAGCACAAGCUUUUUUGUGAUUUGGUGGCUCAAUAAAAGUAGCUCGGUUUUGCGAGUAGAAUCGAACCCUGCAUUUACCUGCAAUACCCGUCAAAUUUCUUUGAAUAUAAUAUACUGAGUGUUUCCUGUAACAGGAGCAAUAAAUUAAACUGGAGGCUGUACGCCUAAAACUGAACAACAUUUGUUCAGCAACUUUUUAAAAUUAUGAAAUUUUUAGAUUAUACUUAUAAAUUUGGCUAUACAUUGCGUCUUAGAAUAAACUUUAGUGUAAUAAAAAUCAAAACACGUUAUUUUUAAAAGUUGCUGAACAAAUGUUGGUCAGUUUGAGGAGUAAAGCCUACAGUUUAAUUUAAUGCUCCUGUUACAGGAAACACCCGGUAUAAGGUAUCUGGUUGUGUUGCCAAGUUUAUUUCACAGCUGACUUAUGACGAUAUUACACUGCGUCCAUUCUGGGUCGUUUGACGUAUCAAUGUCGGUUGCCUGGCAACCCCAUACUGGUUUCGACGACCGCAUUAGAUGAACCACUCACUAUAAUUGCACCCUUAGGCCAAGCGCGCACUACAAUUAAAAUUUUUGCAACACGAUUUUAUAAUCGCGCUGUAAUAGUUAUUUUCGAUACAAGUGCGGAAAAGAGGAAAUUCGAAACGAGUGGCUAUAAAUUAAAACACGACCGCAGGGAAUGUUUUAACUCGACACGAGUUGCGAAUUACCUAUUCGCACGUGUAUCGAACACCGUUUUGCAGUACAUAUGGCCCUUUAAACUUUCGACAUAUGCACGAAAGGUGCUCUUUUUCGCACUAGUGCGAGAAAGUAGCACCAUAUGUACUGUAAUAUAUAUUUUUUUGUCGUAUAUGCACGCACUGAAAUAUAAAAACAUACGUUGCAUUUCUGCGACAGAAUUAUCGCGGGACAAAAAAUCGUAGUGCUUGGCCUUAGCCGGUCUAUAUCUUUUUACGCCCCAGUUCAUGUUCUUGGCAUUUAAUUUUCUUAAAUCAAAAAAAAGACGGUUUCUAAUAAGAAUCAAAAACUGACUGCUUAUUUUAACGGCAGUUAUAGGGCCAGGAAUACACUCGUAAGUUUUACUUACGUAAGUAGGGACACAGCUAUAAUACAGAAUGAGAUAUGAAUAUCGUUAUCUCAUUCUAGCAAAUAGCUUUGUCCCUACUUACGUAAGUAAAACUUACGAGUGUAAUCCUGGCCUUAGGUAGAUGUUAUUUUCUCGGUUUUCUCCUAUUGAUCACGAUUAAUAUUGAUAUAGGUAUAGUUAAAGUUGGUUGGGCGUGAAAACACGGUUAAUUUUGCCCUUUGUCAGGAAUGUUAUUGUAGACGGUUUUGCCCCAAGUUUGUUUUUAGCCCAACUGACCUAAAACGGGUAAACUAACCCAAUCUCAUGUGUAAGUUCACAAAUAAGUAUAAGUUAAGUAAUUAGAAAUACUUAAGACUAGAUUAUUUAAGUAUGUAUAAAGUGAACCUUUUCCGUUUUUUCUUUAAUUUCUGAUAUUAAAACGUCAAUUUCGCACAAAACCGAUCUGUAUUGAGAUUGACUUGUUCAAUAAAGUACUUUUUAUUUAAUAGUUGUUUAUUCAGCUCUUAUUAUAAAAAUUCCAUUUAAUGUAAUACAGGAAUGGUAAUAAUAUUUUUAGAUGUAUUAUUGAUGUUAGAUUUAAUUUUCAUCUUUGUGUGAUCACUAGGAUUAAAUAGUAAAUUAUAUACCAUAAA